AUGGCGCCGACUUCGGCCUCCAUCACUGCCCUCACGCCCCUCAAACCUGACCUUCACGAACGCGCCUGGGCCUCGGUUCCUCACCCGACUCUUCCUCUGAUCGCAACCGCCCACGGAAAGGCCGUCACUGUGUUCUCUCUCUCGACUGCUUCGGCCCACAGCGUCCUUACCGGAGGCCACACCCGCUCCGUCCGCUCUGUCGCAUGGAAGCCCCAUCUGCGCCCCGGCAACCUAUGUCUCGUCACUGGCAGCUUUGACUCUACAGCUGGAAUAUGGCGCUGGGAGGGCCAAGAACAGAACGAGGGGGGGCUCGAGGUUGAGGUCACGGCGCAGAGCGUGCGGAGGAGAAACGAUGAUGAUGGCGACGAUGAUGGCGAUACUACCAGCAAGGAGUGGGAGUUUACGCUUGUGCUCGAGGGCCACGACUCGGAAAUCAAGUCUUGCGCUUUCAGCCCCUCGGGUUCUUAUCUCGCUACCUGCUCGCGCGACAAGUCAGUCUGGAUAUGGGAGGAUAUCGGCGCAUCCGAGGAAGACGACGAGUGGGAGACUAUCGCCGUGCUUAACGAACACGAGGGUGAUGUCAAGGCUGUCGCUUGGUGUCCCGACGUCCCUGGUCGCAACGCCCGACGCAGCUACUCGGCCGACGUGCUAGCCAGCGCAAGUUAUGACAAUACAGUGCGCAUCUGGCGAGAAGAUGGCGAUGCAGAAUGGGUUUGUGUUGCUGUUCUUGAAGGUCACGAGGGCACUGUCUGGGGGCUUCAAUGGGAGCAACGACCCCGGGAGGGAGACCGCUUCCCGCGACUCUUGACAUUUUCUGCCGAUAACACUAUCAGGGUGUGGACAUUGAAGCAGGACGAUGAGGCGGAGGAGAAUAGUACGGGAGGUGAUGCCGGUGCUCUUGGUGGAAUCCCCAAUACGAUGCGGAGAUCUCUACGAGAAGAGUGGGCAUGCACAUCUGUCUUACCCAAGGUGCACACCCGUGAUAUCUAUUCUGUGACAUGGAGUGCCCAGACAGGGCUCGUAGCGAGUACUGGCAGUGACGGUAUCGUUGCGCUUUACGCCGAGGACUCGGAGCAACAUGUCACGACAAUCGACCCCCAAGACCAAACCAUGGGUAACACUGAGGAGGGCAAGCAAAAGCAGACGAAUUGGAGACUCCUAACUUCGCAACCCGGAGCUCAUGGACCCUUCGAGGUUAAUCAUAUUACCUGGUGCCGGAGAUACGAUGCCGGCUCGGAGCGGCGCGGGGAAGAGGAGAUGCUAGUUACAACGGGCGAUGACGGGAUCGUACGACCGUGGCAGGUUGAGGUUGAGAUUGACGCGCCAAGGUAG